AUGUCUGAAGCCGCUACAGAGACCAAGAGAGAAAAGAGGGAGAGAAAGGAGAAGAAGAAGGAGCAGAAGGAGAAGAAGGCUAAAGUUGAAGAAAAGGUAGAGGCCGAGUCUGAAGACAGUGAAACCAAAGAGGCAGCGGAAGAUGAGCUCGAGAUCGACUUGAACGCUGGCGUGCCACUUUCCAAGAAACAACAAAGAUUGUUGAAGAAAGGCAAGUUGAACGUUGAGAAGCUUGCAAAGAAACACCCUGCUCCUAGACGUGCUGACGAGGAGGAGACUGAACCGAAGUCUGGCAAGUCUCCAUUUGGUGUGUGGAUUGGUAACUUAUCGUUCGACACUACCAGGGAAGACCUUAUCAGGUUUAUUGUGGGUAAGUCACAGACGUUUGGCGACGAUAAGGAGAAGGUCGUGGAGAGCGAUAUCACGCGAGUGAACCUUCCAAAGAAGAACGGUAAGAUCAAGGGUUUUGCGUAUGUGGAUCUUCCAAGCCAGAAACAUGUGGAGAGCGUUGUUCUGCUUAGUGAAGCUAACUUGAACGGCAGAAACCUUCUUAUCAAGAGCUCUACGUCGUUUGAAGGCAGACCUGAAGCCGAUGCGCUGAAACUGCUUUCCAAGAACCCACCUCUGAGAAUCUUGUUUGUGGGUAACCUUUCGUUUGACACAGCCGAGAGCGAUUUGGAGGAGCAUUUCAGACACUGUGGCGAUAUUGUGAAGAUCAGAAUGGCCACUUUUGAAGAUUCAGGCAAGUGUAAAGGAUUUGCGUUUAUUGAUUUCAAGGAUGAGGUUGGUCCAACCACUGCCCUCAAGUCUAAGCUUGCCAAGAAGCUCAUAAACAGACCAUUGAGACUUGAAUAUGGUGAAGACAGAUCCAAGAGAACGCCAAACAGAGUCAGAGAGCAGCAGGUCCAGGAGGGAGAGGUCAAGGAAUCAUCUCCAGCAGAGCCUGUUGAAAGACCAUCCUUCAAAGAAAGACCUACCUUCAAAGAAAGACCAGCAUCUGAAGAGAACUACAGACCCAAAAAGAGAAGCUUCAACGACGCCCCACCUCCAGGCAAGCGUAUCAAGUCGUCUGUGGCUCUUGCAGGCGCCCAAAGAGCAUCAGCCGCCAUCGUGCCAUCGCAAGGUAAAAAGACCACCUUUGACUAG